CAACAAUAAUAACCAACAAGAAACAAAAAAGCAUUGGCAAAAAAUUCAAUUUCAUUAAAAAUUUUAAUUUAAUUCCUUUAACUGUUUGUUGAAUAUAUUCUUGUUGCCUAUUGUCAUAACAUCGAUUGCAUGCCAUGUGUAUGACGUGUCAAUCUACACAAAUGUGUGUUGCCGAACAUUUGGUGUAACACAAUUAUGGCCGAGCGGUCGUCCUAUCAUUAUCAGAAAUUGGAUAAAUUGACGGUUGGCAGCGGCUCAGGAAGCGGCGCUAGCAGGGCAUCAACAGGACUCCACAAGCGGGGGGCACUCGGGUCGAAGGGGAGCCCAUCGCUUAGCUGAUAGAAUGGGUGGCCCAAAGAAAGAGGAAACACCACCUGGUGGUGGUCCCACAUCAUUAUUUAUCCUUACCGAGGAUAAUCCAAUUAGAAAAUAUACACGUUUCAUUAUUGAAUGGCCGCCCUUCGAGUACACUGUGUUAUUGACAAUCAUUGCCAACUGCGUUGUGUUGGCAUUAGAAGAACAUUUGCCUGGGAGUGACAAAACAGUAUUGGCUCAGAAACUGGAAAAAACGGAGACCUAUUUUUUAUGCAUUUUCUGUGUAGAAGCAUCGCUCAAGAUCCUUGCCUUAGGUUUAGUUCUGCAUAAACACUCCUACCUCAGGAAUAUUUGGAACAUCAUGGAUUUCUUCGUUGUAGUAACGGGAUUCAUGACACAAUUCCCACAAUUAGGGCAGAAUGUAGAUCUAAGAACACUUAGGGCCAUUCGUGUGCUAAGGCCCUUAAAAUUAGUCUCUGGAAUUCCUAGUUUACAAGUAGUUUUAAAGUCCAUUAUCAAGGCUAUGGCACCGUUACUACAAAUUGGACUCUUGGUCUUGUUUGCGAUCGUUAUAUUCGCCAUCAUUGGACUCGAGUUCUAUUCGGGAACAUUGCAUAAGACUUGUUAUAGCUUAGAAGAUCCAAAUAAACCGGUUAAAGAAGGUGAAUCAGAAACGCCUUGUAAUUCGGAUAAAGAAGCGGAUAAGUCAGGCGGUGCAUACGUAUGUAAUUAUAAUACGAGUAUGUGUCUGGAAAAGUGGGAUGGACCGAAUUCUGGCAUUACUAGUUUUGACAAUAUCGGGUUUGCCAUGUUGACCGUAUUCCAAUGUAUCACAAUGGAAGGCUGGACAGCAAUACUGUAUUGGACCAACGAUGCUUUAGGUUCACAAUUUAAUUGGAUAUAUUUCGUGCCUCUUAUAGUUAUAGGCUCAUUUUUUAUGCUCAACUUAGUUCUUGGUGUUCUUAGCGGUGAAUUUUCGAAUGAACGUAAUCGCGUUGAACGUCGCAUGGAAUUUCAAAAAUGUCGUUUUCGCGCCAUGUUUCAAACGGCAAUGGUCUCAUAUCUCGAUUGGAUCACACAAGCAGAGGAAGUGAUAUUAGCCGAAGAGCGUACAACUGAAGAGGAAAAAAUGCACAUAAUGGAGGCACGUAAACGUAAUGCUGCCAAAAGUAAAAAACUGAAAAGUCUGGGUAAAUCUAAGUCAACCGAUACAGAGGAAGAAGAAGCCGAAGAAGAUUAUGGAGAUGAUGGUUAUUUGAAAACCCGAUCAAAACCCCAAGGGAGUUGUGCGGGAUUCUGGAGAGCGGAGAAGCGUUUUCGAUUUUGGAUAAGAAGUACUGUGAAAACGCAAUGGUUCUAUUGGUUUGUUAUAGUUUUGGUGUUCCUCAAUACCGUAUGUGUAGCGGUGGAGCAUUAUGGUCAACCACAAUAUUUAUCGGAUUUUUUAUACUAUGCUGAGUACGUGUUCUUGGGUCUUUUCAUGUCGGAAAUGUUCAUAAAAAUGUAUGCCUUGGGUCCACGCAUUUAUUUUGAAUCAUCGUUCAAUCGUUUCGAUUGUGUCGUCAUUAGUGGUUCGAUAUUCGAAGUGAUAUGGUCUGAGGUUAAGGGCGGCUCAUUCGGUUUAUCCGUAUUAAGAGCAUUGCGUUUAUUGCGCAUAUUUAAAGUGACCAAAUAUUGGUCAUCGCUGCGAAAUCUUGUAAUUUCGCUAUUGAACUCGAUGAGAUCCAUCAUUUCAUUGUUGUUCCUGCUCUUCUUGUUCAUACUAAUAUUUGCCUUACUGGGCAUGCAAUUGUUUGGUGGCCAAUUUAAUUUUACGGGCGGUACCCCAGAAACCAAUUUCAACACAUUUCCCAUUGCCUUAUUGACUGUCUUUCAAAUUCUAACCGGUGAAGAUUGGAAUGAAGUCAUGUAUCAGGGUAUUAUUUCGCAAGGUGGCGCCAAGAGAGGAAUGAUUUACUCUGUUUAUUUUAUCGUUUUGGUACUUUUCGGUAAUUAUACGCUACUGAAUGUGUUCUUGGCCAUUGCCGUCGAUAAUUUGGCAAAUGCUCAAGAGCUAACAGCUGCCGAAGAGGAGCAAGUCGAAGAGGAUAAAGAGAAACAAUUACAAGAGCUUGAAAAAGAAAUGGAAGCCUUACAAGCCGAUGGUGUUCAUGUUGAAAAUGGUGAUAGCUCAGCAGCGGCUACCAAAGCGAAAAGUAAAAAGAAAGAAGAAGAGAAGAAACAGGAAGAGGAAGAAGUUACAGAGGGUCCAAAACCAAUGUUACCAUAUUCAUCAAUGUUUAUACUAUCACCAACAAAUCCGAUACGUCGUGGCGCCCAUUGGGUGGUUAAUUUACGUUAUUUUGAUUUUUUCAUUAUGGUCGUCAUCUCAUUGUCAUCGAUAGCGUUAGCGGCCGAAGAUCCCGUGCGUGAGAACUCGCCACGAAAUAAAAUUCUAAAUUAUUUCGAUUAUGCAUUUACCGGCGUAUUCACAAUAGAAAUGUUACUGAAAAUUGUAGAUUUAGGUGUUAUAUUACAUCCUGGCAGCUAUUUAAGAGAAUUCUGGAAUAUUAUGGAUGCUGUGGUCGUUAUAUGCGCUGCUGUUAGUUUUGGCUUCGAUAUGAGCGGUAGCAGUGCUGGACAAAAUUUAUCAACAAUCAAAUCGUUGCGUGUCCUACGUGUCCUGCGGCCAUUGAAAACAAUUAAACGCGUACCAAAAUUGAAGGCCGUCUUCGAUUGCGUAGUCAACUCAUUGAAAAAUGUUGUUAACAUUCUAAUCGUGUACAUAUUGUUUCAAUUUAUAUUUUCUGUCAUUGGUGUACAAUUAUUCAAUGGGAAAUUUUUUUAUUGUACGGACGAAAGUAAACAUACUGCCGAAGAGUGCCAGGGUUCAUAUUUUAAAUAUGAAGAAGGUGACUUACUGCCAAAACAGGAGGCGCGCAUCUGGAAGCCGCGUAGUUUUCAUUAUGACAAUGUCGCUGCCGCCAUGUUAACACUAUUUGCUGUGCAAACCGGUGAAGGAUGGCCACAAGUACUGCAACACUCCAUGGCUGCCACAUAUGAAGAUAGGGGUCCAAUACAAAAUUUCCGGAUUGAAAUGUCCAUAUUUUAUAUCGUGUAUUUUAUUGUGUUUCCGUUCUUCUUCGUUAACAUAUUCGUGGCCUUGAUUAUCAUUACAUUCCAAGAACAAGGCGAAGCUGAAUUACAAGACGGUGAAAUUGAUAAAAAUCAGAAAUCAUGUAUAGACUUUACGAUAGGAGCACGACCAUUAGAACGUUAUAUGCCUAAAAAUCGUAACACAUUUAAAUAUAAAGUGUGGCGUAUUGUCGUAUCGACACCAUUUGAAUAUUUUAUAAUGAUGCUUAUUGUGUUCAAUACUUUAUUAUUAAUGAUGAAGUAUCAUAAUCAAGGUGAUAUGUAUGAAAAAUCACUUAAAUAUAUCAACAUGGGAUUUACUGGAAUGUUUAGUGUUGAGACUGUACUGAAGAUCAUAGGAUUCGGUGUUAAGAAUUUCUUUAAGGAUCCUUGGAAUAUAUUCGAUUUGAUAACUGUACUUGGCAGUAUAGUGGAUGCACUCUGGAUGGAAUUUGGGCACGAUGAUUCAAGCUCAAUCAACGUUGGCUUCCUGCGUUUAUUUCGUGCAGCGCGUCUCAUCAAAUUGCUACGUCAGGGAUACACGAUACGAAUUCUGUUAUGGACAUUUGUACAAUCGUUUAAAGCACUUCCAUAUGUCUGUUUACUAAUAGCAAUGCUAUUUUUUAUUUAUGCCAUUAUCGGCAUGCAGGUAUUUGGGAAUAUCAAACUAAGUACAGUGGAAAAUUCCAUAACUAGACACAACAACUUCCAAUCAUUUAUACAAGGCGUUAUGCUCCUAUUCAGAUGUGCAACGGGCGAGGCGUGGCCGAACAUUAUGCUGGCGUGCCUUAAAGGGAGGCCAUGUGAUGAAGAGGCUGAAAAGGGUGAUGAGACAUGUGGCUCAACGCUGGCAUACGCCUAUUUCGUUUCAUUUAUAUUCUUUUGUUCGUUUCUAAUGUUGAAUUUAUUCGUGGCCGUUAUUAUGGAUAAUUUUGAUUAUCUAACAAGAGAUUCCAGUAUAUUGGGUGCCCAUCAUUUAGAUGAAUUUGUACGGAUAUGGGCUGAAUAUGAUCCAAAUGCGACUGGUAAAAUUCAUUACACGGAAAUGUAUGAUAUGUUGAAAAAUAUGGAUCCUCCAUUGGGGUUCGGUAACAAAUGUCCCAAUCGCCUCGCCUACAAAAAACUGAUACGUAUGAAUAUGCCGCUGGAUGAUGAAAUGCGUGUACAAUUUACCACCACACUGUUCGCAUUGAUACGUGAAAAUUUAAGCAUUAAAAUGAGAUCGGCGGAGGAAAUGGAUCAAGCCGACUCUGAACUUAGGGAAACAAUAACCAAUAUAUGGCCUUUGCAAGCUAAGAAAAUGCUAGAUCUACUGGUGCCACCCAACGACCAACUAAAUAAAGGCAAACUGACAGUGGGUAAAAUUUAUGCCGGUUUUCUGAUAUUUGAAUCCUGGCGCAAUACACGUUUCGGUCAAAUUGAUUCAGGCAUGCCGCGGAAAAAGCGUGGAGAAGAUGAUGACGACCAAAUGCAUAGUCCCACAGCUGAUGAUGAACCGAAGCAAACAUUCUUUGAUUGUUUGCUCGAUAUGGCAGCGUUAGAUAAAGGAGGCUCACGCCAGGGUUCAAUAAGUUAUGAGCCGAAUGGCGAUGGUGCGACAAAUUCACAAACGCAUUUAUUAGCCGGUACACAACAAACUAAUGGUGACGCCGACCAUGCCAGUUUGGCGAACUUAGCGCGUCGUAAUACGAUGAGAAAACGUUCCGUUAGAAGCAAAAAGAUGUUGGAAUUGCAAGAUGCAUCAAGGCAUCCAUCUCAGGAAUCCCUAACCGGAGCCGAUGCUGGCCAUUUACAUCCUGGACACGCUUAUCAAAACGGUCACCGACGUUCGCCUAGCAUAAGAUCUCCCAGUCCUAGACGACGAGGCCAUCAAUACAUACAUCAUGAUAUUGGGUUCUCCGAUACUGUAUCUAAUGUGGUAGAGAUGGUCAAGGAGACCCGUCAUCCUAGACACGGUUAUGGUCACCAUGCGCGUUACCCAAGAGGUUCAUGGUCAGCAUCGACAAGUCCGGCCCGUUCGCCUUCACCGUCACGUUAUGGUGACCAUAUAGCACGCACCAGACGCCCUGAACUGCCUUAUCCCACAUACGGGACAACCAGUCUAUGUCAAAGAUCACGAUCACCGAGUCCCGCUCGACUUCAGGAGAUGCGUGAACGAGAUAGACUUGGUUAUGGGAUUGAUAUGGGUGGUACCCAUGGUCAGCACAGUUACCCAACGUUGAAUCAACGUCGGGGUGGAGGUCGAAGACUACCACCGACACCGAGCAAACCAUCGACACUGCAGCUAAAGCCAACAAAUAUUAAUUUUCCAAAAUUAAACGCAAGUCCAACACACACACAUCAUUCGACACCUCAUAGUGUUCACUCGUUGCCACACCACCGCGAUCUGUUGCGGGACCCUAGAGAUUUAUAUUACAGCAGUAGAGAACGUGAACGCGAUAGAGCACGUUAUAGGGACCGCUUAAGAGAUUACGAUUUACGAUAUGAAUAUCGAGAUCGUGAACGUGAAUUAUAUGAACGCGAAAGAGAUCGCGAGCUGGAGUUGGAAAGAGAAAGACUGGAAUACAUAGCACCCUUGUCAUUUGAACAAGCGUUAGCUAUGGGUAGAACAGGGAGAGUUUUACCGUCACCUGUUCUGAAUGGUUAUAAGCCGAAGGGUGGCCUUCAUGCACGCCAUUCCGAUUCAGAUGAGGAGGAUUGGUGCUAGCAAAGGCUUUGAUUGCGAUCGCGUGAUCGAAGGGAACAGAUCUGGGUAUAGCAUCAGGCCAUUUUGACAACAUUAUCCGCACCCGAUUUAGACCAUAAUUUCGAUACAAUACCGCUGCAACAAUUCAGCCAUAGAAAUGCGACCACAUCGUUCAAUGACUUAACCACAAUUCAAAGACUUGUAGUGUCACCUUUACAACAAUAUUUACAUAAUCGAACAGACGACGAUAACAUUGUGGCGGAGACAUCAUUCAUGGAAAAUAUAGCAACAACUAAGGUGUAUUCGGAUCACGAAAUCGAUUAUCGAUUUCCACAUGAUACGAUUAACACAGUACCAAUCAAGGAGACAAAUAUAGGCAAAAAGGAUGAUAAAGAACAACAACCAUUACCGUAUUCACCAGUAGAUGAACAACAUCUCUAUCAUACGCUCUAAUCAGCGACAGUAAAUAAGAUGCCAUUCGUUUUAUUUAUUGACUUAUUUAUUUUCUAAUUUUUUUUUAAUAUUUUUUUCGUUUACAUUUCGUUUUCGUUUUUUACUGCAUAAUCUUACUGAAACGGAUUUUUAAAAAAAUUUAAACUAAUUUUUAAGAUGGUAAAGCAAGCUUUAAAGUUUAUGUACCUUAAAAAAGAUUAAAAAAAAAAUUGUUGAAAAAGCAAGAAUUUUGUCGAUCGAUGUCUACAGAAACCAAAGAUAUUUUAUUAUUUUCUUUCCUUUAAAACACAUAACAAUAUAUAUUAGAAAGCAAAGCGUUAGGGAGGGAGGUUUUUUUGCAAAAGACUUCGUUUCAAUCGUAUAUCUCUUUUCACAAGACAAGAACAAAGAAACAAUAACAAAAAAAAAAAAAAAAAAAAAAAAAAAAAAAAAAAAAAAAA